AUGUUUCAACACAAAUACACAAAACAUAUAUUGUACAUACUCAGUAGCGAGUAUAGUAGUACUAGCUCUGGCACAGGUCUCUCUAAAAGUCAUCCUGGCUCUGACACAAGUCUCUCUAAAAGUCAGUCUGACUCUGACACAAGUCUCUCUAAAAGUCAGUCUGACUCUGACACAAGUCUCUCUAAAAGUCAGCAUGGCUCCGACACAGGUCUCUCUAAAAGUCAGUCUGACUCUGACACAAGUCUCUCUAAAAGUCAGCAUGGCUCCGACACAGGUCUCUCUAAAAGUCAGUCUGACUCUGACACAAGUCUCUCUAAAAGUCAGUCUGACUCUGACACAGGUCUCUCUAAAAGUCAGUCUGACUCUGACACAGGUCUCUCUAAAAGUCAUCCUGGCUCUGACACAAGUCUCUCUAAAAGUCAGUCUGACUCUGACACAAGUCUCUCUAAAAGUCAGUCUGACUCUGACACAAGUCUCUCUAAAAGUCAGUCUGACUCUGACACAGGUCACUCUAAAAGUCAUCCUGGCUCUGACACAAGUCUCUCUAAAAGUCAGUCUGACUCUGACACAAGUCUCUCUAAAAGUCAGUCUGGCUCCGACACAGGUCUCUCUAAAAGUCAGUCUGGCUCCGACACAGGUCUCUCUAAAAGUCAGUCUGACUCUGACACAAGUCUCUCUAAAAGUCAGUCUGGCUCCGACACAGGUCUCUCUAAAAGUCAGUCUGACUCUGACACAAGUCUCUCUAAAAGUCAGUCUGACUCUGACACAAGUCUCUCUAAAAGUCAGUCUGACUCUGACACAGGUCACUCUAAAAGUCAUCCUGGCUCUGACACAAGUCUCUCUAAAAGUCAGUCUGACUCUGACACAGGUCUCUCUAAAAGUCAUCCUGGCUCUGACACAAGUCUCUCUAAAAGUCAGUCUGACUCUGACACAAGUCUCUCUAAAAGUCAGUCUGACUCUGACACAAGUCUCUCUAAAAGUCAGCAUGGCUCCGACACAGGUCUCUCUAAAAGUCAGUCUGGCUCUGACACAGGUCUCUCUAAAAGUCAGUCUGGCUCUGACACAGGUCUCUCUAAAAGUCAGUCUGACUCCGACACAGGUCUCUCUAAAAGUCAGUCUGACUCUGACACAAGUCUCUCUAAAAGUCAGCAUGGCUCCGACACAGGUCUCUCUAAAAGUCAGUCUGACUCUGACACAAGUCUCUCUAAAAGUCAGUCUGACUCUGACACAGGUCUCUCUAAAAGUCAGUCUGACUCUGACACAGGUCUCUCUAAAAGUCAUCCUGGCUCUGACACAAGUCUCUCUAAAAGUCAGUCUGACUCUGACACAAGUCUCUCUAAAAGUCAGUCUGACUCUGACACAAGUCUCUCUAAAAGUCAGUCUGACUCUGACACAGGUCACUCUAAAAGUCAUCCUGGCUCUGACACAAGUCUCUCUAAAAGUCAGUCUGACUCUGACACAAGUCUCUCUAAAAGUCAGUCUGGCUCCGACACAGGUCUCUCUAAAAGUCAUCCUGGCUCCGACACAGGUCUCUCUAAAAGUCAUCCUGGCUCCGACACAGGUCUCUCUAAAAGUCAUCCUGGCUCCGACACAGGUCUCUCUAAAAGUCAUCCUGGCUCUGAAACAGGUCUCUCUAAAAGUCAUCCUGGCUCCGACACAGGUCUCUCUAAAAGUCAUCCUGGCUCUGACACAGGUCUCUCUAAAAGUCAUCCUGGCUCCGACACAGGUCUCUCUAAAAGUCAUCCUGGCUCCGACACAGGUCUCUCUAAAAGUCAUCCUGGCUCUGAAACAGGUCUCUCUAAAAGUCAUCCUGGCUCUGACACAGGUCUCUAUAAAAGUCAGUCUGACUCUGACACAGGUCUCUCUAAAAGUCUCUCUAAAAGUCAGCAUGGCUCCGACACAGGUCUCUCUAAAAGUCAGUCUGGCUCCGACACAGGUCUCUCUAAAAGUCAGUCUGACUCUGACACAAGUCUCUCUAAAAGUCAGUCUGGCUCCGACACAGGUCUCUCUAAAAGUCAGUCUGACUCUGACACAAGUCUCUCUAAAAGUCAGUCUGACUCUGACACAAGUCUCUCUAAAAGUCAGUCUGACUCUGACACAGGUCACUCUAAAAGUCAUCCUGGCUCUGACACAAGUCUCUCUAAAAGUCAGUCUGACUCUGACACAAGUCUCUCUAAAAGUCAGUCUGGCUCCGACACAGGUCUCUCUAAAAGUCAGUCUGGCUCCGACACAGGUCUCUCUAAAAGUCAGUCUGACUCUGACACAAGUCUCUCUAAAAGUCAGUCUGACUCUGACACAAGUCUCUCUAAAAGUCAGUCUGACUCUGACACAGGUCUCUAA